AUGAGAGAUAGGGAGGUGAAGGUCCGACCAAAGUCGAACUAUAUGUCGAGACAGGAUGAUAUAAACGCGGAGAUGCGUUCAAUUCUUAUAGACUGGUUAUCUGACGUCGUGCAGGAGUACAAAAUGCACCAGGAAACAUUCCAUCUUGCCGUGUCAUUGGUUGAUCGUACACUUUCCAAAUUCCGUGCUAACCGUGAGCGUCUUCAACUUAUUGGAACCACCGCUAUGAUGAUAAUAACACAAAUGGAACGUGUCAUUUUGAAUGAGCUGGGGUUCAUCGUUGGCACUCCUACAUCUCAGUGGUUCGGUGGACGAUUCGCACGUCAUCAAAGAGCAUCUCGAAAAACUAUAAACGCCAUGAAUAUGUUACUCGAUCUAGUGCUCCUUGAAGUCAGCUAUAUUGCGUACCGACCGUCGUAUAUUGCUGCUGCAUGCCUUUGUUAUGCCAAUGUUCUUACAGGUUUGUUUAUCCUUUGA